UAUUGUUGAAUUAUUCCAAAAAAGUUCUAUUGAUUUAAUAUUAUCGUCAUCGAUUAACGUCAUCGAUUAUAAAAAUUCUGCCGAUUUUCACACCUAUGUAAACUGUAAAAAAUAUAUAAAAAGUAAAAGUUAACUAAUUUUUUAUCAAAGUUGUCAAACGAGUAGUCACUCGUGAAAUAGUAAAUCAUGAUUUCGUUAAUAUUAAUAAAAUUGCUUCUAAUAUUUGUGUCGAGUACAAUUUCACAGCCUACACUGCCAUGGAAUUUGACACUAACUGCACGAGCUAUCGAGCCUUUAGUUCGAGAUAAUUCAGGAUCACUGACCAAUCAAAGACCUAAUUAUCAAACCUUCAAUGAUAAUACUAAUUUUGGUAUAAUAAUUAAACAAGGUACAACAUUUAGCUUAACGGUAGAGACACCUUCUAAAAUAGAAGAUUUAAAGUUUUUCUGUUUUCCUUAUCCACAACAUGAAAAAAAAUUAAUCAAAUUAAAUCUUACCGGAAAAACAAAUUGCACAAAUACAUUAACAACAAAUUAUAAUUGUGUACCUAUGGUAUCCGCAUCAAAAAAUGUUCCAUUACGGAUGAUAAUUAAAACCAAAAACUGGUUUCCAUUGUCAACUAACAAGUCUAAUGAUGUGUCACUUCCAAAAUCACAAGGAAAAGGAAUUUCACACAAAUUAGAAAAUAAUUUAAAAUAUGAAUUUGAUGCCUUGGGUUUGAAUGAUGAAGUAUUUUUAAAAAUAUUUAUAAAUUACAAGAACAUGACAAUAGAAUUACAACAAUUGCAAAAAGGAGUUCAUGCAUACUUUAAACAAGAAGUAUAUUUUUGGAUCAGUUUAGAACGAAAUGGUUUAUCAAUUUUUGAGUAUAAAUUUUUAGGUUGUCCCCCAUGUGGUACAAAGCUUAUUAAUGCGGUGGAAAAAUUUGAGUUAAAUGAUGUAAUUCAUUUUUAUCAUGCCGAACCAGGUCGUUUUAAAUCAAAUCUCGAAGGAUUAAAUAAUGAAUCAGAAAGAAAGAAAUUUCUUUUGUCAAAUAAAGGUUUGCAGACUGUUAAAAGACCAGAAUUAAAUAAUUUAAAAUAUUCAUUUCAUGCAUUAGGUUAUAAGGAUUUGGAAUUUUUAACAAUAUUGAUAAAUUACAAGAACAUGACAAUAGAAUUACAACAAUUGCAAAAAGAAGUUCAUUCGAGUUUUGGUUUAUACUUUUCGAUCAGUUUAGAACGAAAUGGUUUAUCAAUUUUUGAAUAUAAAUUAAUAGGUUAUCCCGCAUAUGAUAUCCCGCUUAUUAAUGCGGUGGAAAAAUUUGAGUUUAAUGAUGUAAUUCGUUUUUAUCAUGCCGAGCCAGGUCGCUUUAUAUCAUUUUUCGAAGGAUUAAAUUAUAAAAAAACAAGUAAUACUUUUAUUUUAUCAAAUACAGGUUUGGAGACCUUAAAAUAAAAUGGAACAGAAUUAAAUAAUUUAAAAUAAUCAUUCGAUGCUUUAGUUCUUGUUGAUAAGAUGUUUUUAAAAAUAUUUUUUGUAGUGUAGCACAUAGCCAUAAUUUUGUUUUAACACAGUAGGGUUUGCGCCAUGCCACAUUAAUGAUAUGAUUCUUACAAUAAUUUUUUUUAAUGCAAUAAAAUUGUUAAAUUUAAUUUGGAAUUGAAAAUAAUUUUAAGUUACAAUGCAUUAUAUUAACAUUAAUUUGCAAAUUAUAUUCGUACAUUGCGGUUUUAAUGACUUGGAAGCGUACACUCCAAUGAAAUUGGGAUGAAAACUAGAUUAAUUAAGUCUAGUAUAAAUUACAUACAUAAACUAUGAAAUAUACUAUAAUAGAAUGUUUAUUAAACAAUAUUAAUAAUGUAACUUAUGUUAAUUUAUGUAUUAUGAGAAAUAUAUAAUUUACAAUAAAUAUAUAAAAUAUACAUAA